AUGGUGAGAAGCGUCUUCUUCAUCUUAGCUUUCGCCAUCGCAUUGGUGAGCGCUUCUUCGUUAGCAAUGGGCGGCGAAGCACUCGAAGAGAACGAGCCGUCGUCCUUCACAGGGCCGGGACGUUUUCUUCGCCAGCGUUACUAUGAAUGUUACAAUGCAAGAGCCACCAUGACAUGCGACAAGUUUCUGCGGAUGUGCCGCUCGAAGGGAAGUCCCGGGCCCGACUGCUGCAAGAGGCGAUGUGUGAAUGUGAUGACCGACGGCCUCAACUGCGGACGGUGCGGGGCGAAGUGCUGAUACGGGCGAGCCUGCUGCAAAGGCAAGUGCGUUGUAGUUAUGUACGAUCGCGACAAUUGUGGCGGCUGCAAGAAGAGGUGCAAGAAAGGCACCUCCUGCAGAUACGGGAUGUGUAGCUAUGCUUAG